CUCGUGCACCCCAAGGGAAUUAUCAAAAACAACUUGAGAUUACUGGGUGGCACAAUGUUUAAACGUGCCGAAUUAGGCAAUGUGUGCUUGGUUGGAGCCAAGGAUCGCAAGUUAUUGAGGUCCAAGUUAGAGCGAUCGUUUUCGUUGGACGCGGUGCAAACUGAGUGCCUAAUUCCAUCGAAGGCCGCUUUAAGUUCUGCUAAACUUUCGGGUACUCGCCAUGUUGUCUAUAUGUGUGGUUCCGACCCCUGGUUGGUCCAACUCCAGGAUGGUCGAUUGUUCCCUACGAUAAACGCCUUAUGGACAUGUCCGACGGUACUUCCAGUUUUGCGCAUACCGAAGCCUGUACUUAGCUUUAUUAUGCGAGGUGCUCAUCUUAUGGUCCCUGGUGUGAUUAAUUGGCCUUGUGAGAUUCCUGUUGGUACCAUAACUGCCGUAGUCAUUGAUGGAUCUCCAUAUCCGGUUGCUGUUGGUAUUUGUGAAAAUAUGUUUGAUGCAUCUGGCAAGGUGCGAACCAAUGGCCGAGCAUUAGAGGUAUUGCAUUAUUAUGGCGAUGAUCUUUGGAAGCUAACAUCUAAGCCAUUUCCUGGCUUCGAUGAUUUAUCAGGGAACAGCCCUGAUGCUACUGGCGCCGACAACGACCAGUCCGUUGUCGCUGAUUCUACUAUUCCUAACCCAUCCGAGCCAACAGAUGAUUCCAGUAAUGAUCUCGUGCAAGCCAUGGAGAAUACUACUAUUAUCGGUUCUGCGCCUGAAAGCGUUUCUAGUGGUACCCAUGGUGAUACCGAGCAAGAUUUGGGCUUUACCAGCCAAGAUACGUUACAGGAAGAUAUAGCGUCUGAGGCAAAAACAGUGUCAUAUGAGCGGUUGGACAUUCCUGUGAAGCUGGUUGACCACGCCCUAAGAUUAUGUUUUUUACAGACCUUGCAUGGUCUCAGUGAUUCCCAACUUCCUAUGGAGAUCAGUGCAUUAUAUUCCGAGAUGUCGGUGAGCAGCUCUAAGCUUCUGGCAGUGCCAGGUUUUAUUAGGGCUCUACGAGAUGUAGAUGAUUUUAACAUCCCAAUUGAUAAGUCUGCGCAGCUGAUAUCAUACCGUAAUUCAUCUUUUAAAAAGCUGAUCAAGAUGUUCCAAACAUGGUCUAAGGAGGGCCUUAUAUUGAUGAAGGAUAUUCGUGGCACUGGUGUUGUGGUUAAUAUAAACAGGGGACACACUGUGUAUGUCCAGUUCAAACCAUGGCAACUUCCGCAGAACAAGGAGCCUUCAGUUUCCAAGGUCGAAAAGGUCAAGGUCAAACGUUACGUUGCAUUUUCAUCAUCUCAGCGUAAAAUGCUCGCUGAAAAGGGCGUCCAGGUUGACAAGGAGCCGAUGCCAUUGGACAUGUUUAAAAAGCUAAUAAUUGAACACGUUAGUUCCGAGGGCCCCGUUAUUCUUCAACACGUCAAUGAUGCUGUACAAUAUCACCAGAUUACACACGGUGAGAAUGAAUCUCCAAUAAAGAAGGGCGCGGCACUUCCGGUGUCCGUCUUAGUUGAACCUCGUGGCAACCGUAAGCAUGUAACUACAGUCAAAGGACUGUUUACAUAUCUCUUUGAUUUGGAUGAAUCUCAGGUUGCCGAAAUAUUAAGGCGUAAAUUCGCAAGCUCUGUAUCAGUUAACGACGGGAUAGUCAUAAUACAGGGGAAUGUUCCCAUAGAAAGGGAGUUAGUGGACUGCUUCGGUAUGUCACCGCAGCAAAUAAAAAUCACCCGUCGGGGUUAGAAUG